AUGCAAGAUUUUUCUGAUAAUUGGUUCAGUUCUUUAGAAAUUUUAAAUGUCCUCAAACAGAAACAUAUUUUUUGUGUUGUGACCAUUCUUUCAGACAGAAUCUCACUCAGACCUAUAGCAGAAGAAAAGGAGUUAUAUGCAGGUAUGAAUCCACAGGAUAAAUGCAAGAGGUGGAGUAAAAAGAAUAAUCAGUCAAUUCAGGUAAAUCGACCACAGAUUGUGAAGGAAUAUAGUGAAUACAUGGGAAGAGUGGAUUUAGGAGACAUGCUUAUAGAACUUUAUAGGAUAAAUGUCCAUUCCAAAAAUUGUAAAUUCGGGGUUGUUUACAGACGUCACUUGAAUCAGCUAGGUGCAACAUCUCAUCUUUCUCUUCUGGAUUUACACACUCAUAUUGCUUCUGGUCUUACUAUGGCAGGAAAUGUUUUUCAUCACAAAAGAGGAAGACCAUCUGUAGAAGAUAUACAAGCUCCAAAGAAGAGGUUGGUAGCUUCCAGGCCUAUUGCAGAUGUCAGAUAUUAUAAAGUUGGUCACUGGCCACAACACAGCUACCAGACAGACCGCUGCAAGCUAUGCCCUAAAGGAUUCAGCAGAGUGUCAUGUAUAAAAUGUAAAGUGUUCAUAUGUCUAACAAGUGAAAUAAAUUGCUUUAUGUCUUUCCACACCAAUAAUACAAACUGUUAUUUUUAUCCUGCAGAAGCUCACAACUGCUCUAUACAGGGUGUUCUAGAAGAGUCUUAG